AUUUUGGGGGGCAAACAAGGUGUAUUAUGGGCGAUGUGAAAAUGGCGAAUAGCACUUGAACCUUCUUGUCGUCAUUGCGACGUGUUCUACCUCCAUUCACCCUUAAUACCUCCCAUCUUACUUUUGUUUAGACCGCUGUGCUAUGCCUCUCGGUUUGGAAGAUAAGCGUAUUACAGAUGGCCAUCUUACGGCCUCCACCUACUACAACCAUCACCUUUCACCCUGGCAUGGCCGACUGAACCACCGCUGGUCAUGGAGCGUGCGGCUCAGAAGAGUAGGACAAUGGUUUCAAGUGAACUUUGUAGAGUUGAUGCGCAUAAAAGGCGUGGCCACUCAGGGAAGGCAGGAUGCAAAUCAGUGGGUGAGAAGUUAUACAGUCGCUUACAGCACAGGUGGGAUGAAUUUCGUGUCUUACAAGGAAGGUCGCACUACCAAGGUUUUUAAUGGAAACACCGACCGCCAUUCCAUUGUGUAUCACCAGUUUACCAGGCCAUUCACGGCUAUACAUGUUCGUUUUUAUCCGCGAAGCUGGUACAGCUGGAUAUCUAUGAGGGCUGAGGUUUAUGGUUGUUCAGCUGCUCCGUGUAACAAACCCCUGGGAUUGCAAAACCGUCGCCUCCCGGACAGUCGAAUUACCGCUUCAUCCGAAUGGAACCACUUUCACGCGGCCAGACUCGGGAGACUGGGCCAAGUCAAGCACGGUCGCUUCGUGGGGGCCUGGUGCGCAAGGCACAACAAUCACUUGCAGUGGUUCAAGUGUGACUUUGGUCGAGCAAUGAAAAUCACCAAAGUAGCCACCCAAGGCCGGCAGGAUACCAACCAAUGGGUGACGUCGUUCUAUCUGUCGUCUAGCCAGGAUAACGUUCAUUGGGAGAUGUACAAGUUCAGGAGUGCAUACAAGGUGAUGAUGAUAAAUAUGCUGUUUAAAUACCUGUGCUUAUAUGGGAAUGGGAUGUUAAUAUUUAAUCUCCACUCGUUGCUUUUCCAAGCCAAUCGUGAUCAAAACAGUAUUAUGAAAAACGCCAUCAACCCGCCGAUUUUAGCAAGAUAUGUUAAACUCAACCCACGUGGCUGGUACAGACAUAUCUCUAUGAGAGUCGAGUAUUAUGGAUGUGUUGCCGAUCGUUGCGAUCUGCCACUUGGAAUCCGAGACGGUCGCGUUACUCGCGCGAUGUUCUCCGCCUCCUCAAUGUACAACCACUUAUAUGGUCCCUGGAGCGCCAGGCUGCAGGCACAGAAUCGAGGCUCCAUGCGAGGCGGCUGGAUUGCUAAGUACAAUAACAGGCACCAGUUUCUUCAGGUUGACUUGGGAACUACCUCCAGGGUGAAGAGAAUUGCCACUCAGGCACGUUAUGAUGCCAACCAAUGGGUAAAGUCCUACACCGUGUCAUACAGUAACAAUGGAGUAAGGUUCUUUCCAUACAGACACGGAAAGAGAGUUAAGAUAUUCCAGGGAAAUACCGAACGAUACUUUGUGGUGGUGCACAGGCUCCGCCCAACCAUCAAAGCCCGGUAUAUACGUGUUCAUCCCAGGACCUGGUACGGGCAUAUCUCCUUGAGAAUGGAGUUGUACGGCUGUAGACUGGGUGUUCUUUGCAACCGACCAAUGGGAAUGCAGUCAGGUCGUAUCAAGAACCAGAAAAUAACAGCAGCAUCCUCGUGGGAUCGUUACCAUGGCCCUUACCUGGCGCGGCUCAACCGAAGGCGUCGGGGGCGAUACAUCGGAGCUUGGUCAGCCAAGUACAACAAUCACUUCCAGUGGCUCCAGUGUGACUUUGGAAGAGCAGCGAAGAUUAUUAAGAUGUCAAUACAGGGGCGACAAGAUCUGAAUCAGUGGGUCACGCAGUAUUACGUGACCAGGAGUCUUGAUGCAGUCCACUUCAUGCAUUAUAAAGAACGGAAUAACAUUAAGUACUUCCCGGGAAACCGAGACCAAAACACCGUUGUCACGAAUUCCUUUGUUCCUAUACUGCGCUGCCGUUACAUCCGGGUUCAUCCCAGAGGAUGGUACAAACACAUCUCCAUGAGGGUGGAAUUCUAUGGAUGCCUCACAGAUCGUUGUGUUAUGCCUCUUGGUAUGGAAGACUAUCGUAUCCUCUCGGGUCAUCUUCGGGCCUCGUCGUCGUACAACUACAACCACGGACCUGACCGAGCGCGUCUGAACAUCUUUAACAGUCAUGGACGAACAGGAGCUUGGGUAGCAAGGCAUCGAAACACCCAUCAAUAUCUGCAGAUUGACUUAAGGCAGCUGAGUAUCAUCAAAGGAAUCGCUACUCAAGGAAGAAGAGAAGCUCAUCAAUGGGUGAAAAGUUAUAGUCUAUCAUUCAGUCGCUUUGGAGUGCGGUUCAAAGCCUACCUGUCGUACGGAAGAGUUAAGAUCUUCCGAGGUAAUUACGACAUUUUUCACACGGUGGGUCACAAGAUCAUGCCAGCAAUACGCGCGCAGUUUGUCCGAAUUCAUCCCCGGUCAUGGCGUAGUUACAUUGCUAUGCGCGUGGAGCUUUAUGGAUGUCGCCUGCGGGAACGGUUUUACGACAGUCCUGUUGGUAUUCAAAAUGGCCGUAUCAAGAAUUCUGCCAUGACAGCCUCGUCUCAGUGGGAUGCAAACCAUGCGGCGUGGUUGGGUAGGCUUCACCGUCCACGCCGUGGCCGGUUGAUGGGAGCCUGGUGUUCCCGCCAUAACAACCAUAACCAAUGGCUGCAAAUUUAUUUGUGGACGUGGAUGAAGGUCGUUGGAAUUGCGACUCAGGGACGACAGGACGCUGACCAGUGGGUAACGGCGUACUAUGUGUAUUAUAGUUCGGAUGGAGUUAACUUUGCUAAAGUGAAGCACUGGUGGAAUUACGUCAAGUCCUUAAGGCCUUAUGCGUCCCAUGGCGCAACGAGAACAGAUGAUAAUGAGCCCGUAAACUCAGUACUGUGA